AAGAACAUAAAACGAUAUUGAUGAUGGAGCUCUUUCUCUUUGUCAUCUGUCUGAAGCGAAGAGACACAUGAAUCUCUUAUCUCUCAGCUCCCGUGUCAUUCCUUUUCCUUCUGCCGACACGUUAUUACACAGAUGACGUAAUAUUAUGCAGAUGACGUAAUAAAUGAGAAAGUAAGAGUUACUCACCUUUUGAGUGUUAUCUCACUCUCUCUCUCUCUCUCUGAAGUCCACCUUCAAAAUCGUCGUUGCAACGACGAAGCGACGACUCAUAAAGAAGCUUAGCUCAAAAACUACAAUGUCUGAGAUCCGGAAGACGCUACUAGACUCCGGCUGGCUAGCAGCCAGAUCGACGGAGGUCAAUGAAGACGGCAAGCAGCUCACUACAACCAAUCCACCCUCUCUCGGCUCCCAAUCUAAGUGGAUGGAAGCCGCCGUCCCCGGAACUGUUUUGGGUACGUUGGUGAAGAACAAAGCUAUUCCAGAUCCUUUCUAUGGACUAAACAACGAAACCAUCAUUGACAUUGCUGAUUCAGGAAGGGACUACUACACUUUCUGGUUCUUCACAAAGUUCCAAUGCAAAAGAUUGCUGAAUCAAUACGUGCAUUUGAAUUUCCGUGCAAUAAACUACUCUGCUGAAGUGUAUGUAAACGGCCACAAGACUGCUCUCCCCAAAGGAAUGUUCCGCAGACAUACACUUGACGUCACUGAUAUUCUCCAUCCUGAGAACGACAGUCUACUUGCUGUUAUUGUUCACCCUCCAGAUCAUCCUGGUACUAUACCUCCCAAGGGAGGCCAAGGUGGUGAUCACGAGAUUGGGAAAGAUGUAGCUGCUCAGUAUGUGGAAGGCUGGGACUGGAUUUGUCCAAUAAGGGAUCGGAACACUGGCAUAUGGGAUGAAGUGUCAAUCUCUGUUACUGGGCCUGUUAGAAUAAUUGACCCCCACUUGGUCUCAACCUUCUUUGACAAUUACAAAAGAGUUUACUUGCACGUGACUGCUGAAUUUGAAAACAAAAGCACAUGGAAGGCUGACUGUUCUGUAACCAUUCAAAUCACGACCGAGCUCGAAAACGGUGUUUGUUUAGUAGAGAUUCUUCAUACGGAGAGUGUUAUCAUCCCUGCUAGAGGAGUUGUUCAGCACACAUUUAAACCACUCUUUUUGUAUAAACCUGAGCUGUGGUGGCCCAACGGGAUGGGGAAGCAAAGCCUUUAUGACGUCUUGAUCAGUGUCGCUGUGAAAGAGUUUGGAGAAUCUGAUUCGUGGAUGCAGCCGUUUGGAUUCCGUAAGGUUGAGAGUGUUAUUGAUAGUGUCACUGGUGGAAGGCUGUUCAAGAUCAACGGAGAGCCGAUAUUCAUCCGAGGUGGCAACUGGAUACUAUCAGAUGGACUGUUACGCCUCUCCAAAGAACGUUACAGAACCGACAUAAAGUUCCACGCAGACAUGAACAUGAACAUGAUCCGUUGCUGGGGCGGUGGGUUGGCUGAACGGCCAGAGUUCUAUCACUAUUGUGACAUCUACGGUUUGUUGGUCUGGCAGGAGUUUUGGAUCACUGGAGAUGUUGAUGGAAGAGGCGUUCCAGUAUCAAACCCAAACGGACCAUUAGACCAUGACUUAUUCCUUCUAUGCGCUCGUGACACCGUCAAACUCCUUAGAAACCAUCCCAGCCUUGCUCUAUGGGUCGGUGGAAACGAGCAAGUCCCACCAAAAGACAUCAACGAGGCUCUAAACCAAGACCUGAGGCUUCACCCUUAUUUCGCAACACCGUCGUUACCAGACUGGGACUCAGAUCCUAGCGUUUAUCUCGACGGUGCUAGAGUUUACAUCCAAGGAUCCAUGUGGGACGGGUUUGCAGAUGGGAAGGGGAACUUCACUGACGGGCCUUACGAGAUUCAGUACCCUGAAGACUUUUUUAAAGACACGUUUUAUAAGUUUGGGUUUAAUCCAGAGGUGGGUUCUGUUGGAAUGCCGGUUGCGGAUACUAUAAGAGCUACAAUGCCUCGAGAAGGUUGGGAGAUUCCUCUGUUUAAGAAGGGUGCAGAUGAGUUUGUGGAAGAGGUGCCGAGUAGAAUGUGGGAUUACCAUAAGUACAUUCCUUAUUCGAAGCCUGGCAAAGUUCAUGAUCAGAUUCUGAUGUAUGGUGCUCCAAGGGAUCUCGAUGACUUCUGCUUGAAGGCUCAACUGGUGAACUACAUUCAGUACAGAGCUCUAUUGGAGGGCUGGAGUUCAAGAAUGUGGACAAAGUACACAGGUGUCUUAGUCUGGAAGAACCAAAAUCCAUGGACUGGCCUCAGAGGUCAGUUCUACGAUCAUCUUCUCGACCAAACAGCCAGUUUCUAUGGCUGUCGUUCCGCUGCAGAGCCAGUCCAUGUUCAACUGAACCUGGCAAGUAACUUCGUUGAGGUUGUAAACACGACUUCUAAAAAGCUAUCAGAUGUGGAGAUAGAGGCAUCGGUAUGGGACCUAGACGGUAACUGCCCAUACUCCAAAGUGUUCAAUAGAGUCUCUGCACCGCCAAAGAAAGUUGUGAAAGUGUCUGAGUUCACGUACCCUAAGUCAGAGAACCCAAAGCCUGUUUAUUUCCUUCUUCUCAAACUGUACCAUGUCUCAGACAAAAAGGUUAUAUCCCGGAACUUCUACUGGCUACAUCUGCCUGGGAAAGACUACACGCUCUUGGAGCCAUACAGAAAGAAGCAAGUACCUCUAAAGAUUACCUGCGAUUCAGUUUUGGUCGGUCCGAAGUUCGAGCUGGAGAUGACUGUCCACAACACAUCUAGAGCUAAUGAUGUUCUUCAGGAAGAGGGUUUGCUCCACAAGCUGUUUAGUAGAUGUGGUGUUGUUACUUCAGAUAGCAACCGCUGUUUGAAAGUGGGAUCUGAUCCAGGAGUUGCUUUCUUUCUUCGUUUCUCAGUACACAAUCUAGAGGCGGAGCAACAAGACACUAGGAUUCUGCCUGUACACUACUCGGACAACUACUUCUCACUGGUUCCGGGUGAAUCAAUGUCUUUUAAGAUCUCGUUUGCAGCUCCUGCAGGCAUGAAGAAGUCCCCUCGUGUUGUGCUUCGUGGGUGGAACUACCCUGAUGGGUUUACUGUUUUUGGUUAAAGACAAGUUACUUUUCCAACAUAACUGAUUGCCACCUCAAACUUUUCAAUAAAUGAAACUUCAACAGGUUUUGUCA